ACGCCGCCGGAUUUCGUUGUUGGCCGCCUCAAUCGGUAAGAAGUUUCUUCCAGGUUUUCCUUCUCUCUCUUUCUAACUCGAAGUUCCGUUCUGCUCCUCCUCAUCGCAUACAGAGAAACAACUAAUGGUUACUGAAAAUAACUCCAACCGGGUCGGGUUGAUCCUAUCCAGUACCAAUUCCAUUCGAGUUUUCCUUUCCGGAGCCUCCAACGAUCCCACUCUCUCCUCUCAACUCCGGCAAACUUCCUCCGAACUCCUCAUCCAAUCCGAAAUACCGUACGAGCCACUUCGUGCUGUCUGGAUCUCCUCUGAUCCAUCCACCAGACCCGAAUUGAUCAGACUCUUAUCCGGGACCGGCUUCGUCUUCUCAAGCCCUAAGCCCAGAGAAAAGAGUGAGGAAUUGAAAGCAAGGUUAAAAAAGUUGGAAGAUUUAGCUGAGAGGAAAGCAUAUAAGGAGCUUGUUAAGGAUAUUGCACCAAAGGAAGAUGUUCAAGAACCUUUCUCCUCUUACAAGGAUCAAUUAGGAUUCGGUAAAUUUUGUUCUUUUCUAUCUACUAUGAAUGAUCAUUUAGCAUAUCAAUCAAGUUUUCUGGAACCAGAUUCAUGUAGAGAGUACUUAGUCAAGAGAUUCAUGGCCAGCAGUACAAACAACUUGUAUCUUUGGCCGUAUAAUUCAGGGUGUCACUGGUUGUUGCUUGCUAUUGAUCCUUUAAAAGAAGUGGUAUAUUUUCUGAAUUCGAUAGAUGGUGAAUGGACAAAUUAUCCGGAUAUGAAGCAAUUAGUUGAUACAUCAAUAAAAGUGUUCCGAUCUCAAAGACAAGCUCGAGUACCACGUACUAAAUCCAGCAACAUUACGUGGAUAAAAGUGCAGUGUCCUCUACAGCGCAACGGUAUCGAUUGCGGAUACUUUGUAAUGAGGUUUAUGAGGGAAAUCAUUAAUAUGAAUCAAAUAGAGAUUCCAAUCACGGUAAUGGAAAACUUGAUGACUAAGUUCAAUAGGAAGGAUGAGAGUUCUUUGAUGUUAUGGCCUAGAUGUUUAGGGCAUAUUUCUUGGCCUCGUAUAGAAAUACUAAUUAAGGAUGGUAUUCUGCAUAAUCUUGACUUCUCUGAUUUUGAAACUUGCGUUGAUUCUCUCAAAGGAAAGUUCAAUGCCAAAAGCAGAAAUACAAAAGCGAAUAAAUGUGAAUAUAUGUUGCAAUUGAUUCACGCAUACAUGUGUGAACCUAUUACACCUAAUGUUAUGGGUGGAUAUAGGUACUUUAUCAAUUUCAUAGAGGACUUCUCUAGAUUUGGUUGGAUAGAACUUCUCCAAGACAAGUCUAGUUCCUUAGAUACCUUCAAAUAUUUUAAAGCUGCCAUUGAAUUGAAAACAUGA